AUGCCAGUGACACUACACUGUCUAGCAGACGUCUGCCUCAUUCCCGUACGUAUCGUCAGCACCUUCUCAGUUUCACCUUUCACUCAUACUAACAUCGCUGUAGAUUGGACUUGGUACACCAUCAGUUUCCAAUGAGGUGGCAAUCAUAACCAAAAUUGCCCAGGACUCGCCCCUAGAAACAACUUUGCAUUCAGCCGGUACAACUAUUGCUGGGCCUUGGAAUGAAGUCAUGGAAUUGAUAGGUCACAUGCACGAGGUGCUACACGAAGGUGGCGUUGCUCGGAUUCAAAGUGAUAUUCGAGUCGGUACGCGGGUCGAUAAGACUCAGAAACCACAGGAUAAGAUUGAUGUUGUUCAUCGCAAGUUGAAAGAGAUGGAGAAGAGUGCUGGACUGGUAUAG